UACUAUUUUCCAAUGAUUUAUGGUGAUAAUGCAUCGAAUGAGAUUGAGCAAGUUAAGGUUACUUGUUACAACUUACUUAAUGAUUACCAAUCUCGAGCUUUCAAGCCAAAAUCUCAAAGUUCAUCUUCAGUUCCGCCUAUUUCAAUUUCAGAAAAUCAAGGUUCUUUGAAGAAAGACUUCAGUAAUCUAGUUGCAUUUCUUAACUCUUCUUCCACUAGUGUUCAUGUGAAAUCUGAAUUAGAUCAUUAUCUUAAAGAGCCUGUUUUGCCAUGGAUGCAAGAAUUUGAUAUUCUUAAUUGGUGGAAGACAAAUGGGAUAAAAUAUCCUACAUUACAAAUGAUUGCUAGAGAUUUUUUGGCUGUACCUGUGUCUUCAGUUGCAUCUGAGUUUGCUUUUAGUACUGGAAGUAGAGUUGUUAGUAUUCAUAGAAGUAGACUCCAUGAAGAUACUUUGGAAGCAUUGAUGUGCUCACAAAAUUGGUUAUGGUCAGAAAUUGAAGCUGGUUGUUCAAAUGAGAGUAUAUCUUGUUUAUGGGAUGCUGAGGAUGAUGUGAAUUAAAUCAUGCAUUUCACAAUUUUAAUAUGUAAGUUUGAUUUUUAUUUCUUUUUUUAUUUCAUUAUUUUUUAUGAUAAUGUGUAUUAUUUUGCAACUGUGGUAUUCUAAUUUUUCUGUAUUUGUUUUUUUGAAGCUUUUCAAGCACAAUUUGAUGUUGGAGAUUGAAAUGACCAAUUAAAUAUAUUUUAUGUU